UUUUUCAUAUCGCGUUUUCAGUCGUACUCGUUCGUUUUGGUGAAUUUUUCAGGCAAUUUUAGUAUAUUGACCUCUCCAUAAUUUGAUAUUCGGGUUUCCCAGUGUGUACGCUAUGACGACCAGCGAAUAUGAAACGGCUGGUGGCAUGCAUUUCUUGGAUUUACCGGAUUGUAUGAUAGAGCAAGUGUUCGAGUAUCUCAGCUAUGACGAAAUUGCAAAGAAGCGAAUUGUUUGUAAAAAGAUUGACCGCGUUAGUCAAUCGCUGCUUAACCGAGGUUUUAUGAAAAUGAUCAAGAGGCACAACGCCAAUCUGAAAGCUAUUAAGUCUCAACUUCCCAGGAGAGAAUCUGAGCGAAGGAAUCAUCCUUUGGCUAAGCAUUCGGAUAUAUUGACUUGUAUCGAGACUAGAAUCUCAAUGCUCUCGAUGACUUAUUCGAAAUACAUCGAUAAGGAUUUGUGCUGUUUCAUACCCGGAAAGGUGAUCGAUGAGGUGUUUAACAUUUUGAAGCUGAUUGAGGGUACAUCAAAACCUUUGAGAGCGCACGAAGUGUUGCAAGAAUUGAGAGAUAUCUCAUCAAUGGCAAUCGAACAUUUUGACGAAAAUAUUGCUCAUCGUUUAAAACGAAUUAUGGGAGUUCAUCAUCCAAGCGGAAGUCAUUUGCCAUUUCCGACUCCGGGAUUCAUUCAGAACGAAGUGGUUUUGCCGUGUGACGUCAAUGGAGAGAAACUCAUCUUACCAACGCUAACGCCUAUUUCACCACAUAAGGCCGGCCCAUCCCAGCAGCUUUAUUGCCACCAAAGUUCCUCGACGGCGUGCAACGCUAGUCGCAUUAACCAUGCAUCGAUUAAUCGUCUCAGUCAUAAGUCGCGCAAAAUGAGGCUCACUGUCAAUAAAAUUGUAUCGGCGAUGCAGAUCUACAAGAACCAGAUGAAGCAAAUGCGUUCGCAGAUCAUGCGCAACUGUGCCGAGAUCAAAGAUCUGCGACGGCGUCUCGAUGAGUCUGAAACGAAAAAUCGGGAAUUGAUUGCAAACAUAAAUCAACUUAGUUUCGGUGUCGCUCCGUCCACAACGGAACUGGCAUCCAGUUCCGUGGAAUCGACAAAAACAGCACGUUCCCUCCCAACUACUCGGAACAUCAAGCCACGCUCUGCCACCAUUAUACUGAAACGAGUGUUGGCCGAAACCGAAGCUUUGGGUGCGGCAAUCGGCCCCGCGUCCCCAUCCAUGUCAUCGAUUCUUUCUCCCGUAGAAGCUGAACCGUCGAGCAGCUCGAAGAAGGCUAAACUGAAUUGAAGUUAUACAAGAAUACUCUUUAUUAUUUUAACAUUUAUGGUCAGAAGAGCACCAUUCAGAAUCUAGAAAGAAGUUCAAUGACUUCUUGAUCAACUCUAUUUAAUGAUAGUAUCUUUUUCGAUUUUAAAUUUAUGUAAGAAACAAACGAAAUGUAUACUACGGUUGAAAGUCGUUUCCUUGCAGAUAGAUUAGGGAAACAAAAAGAUACCAAGCUAGAAUUUUGAGCUUUUUUUCAUUUGGAUUAGCGAUUACUAACAUUAUCCAAAAAAAAAAUCUAACAACCAAUUGUUUCGCGAAGCUUCGUGAUUCGCAGUAAAAUUGUUUGUUGGAUUAAGAUUGAUAGCAAACAAUACGAGCAAGAAUGAAAUAGUGUGAAAAGCAAAGUCCUGGCAUUACAUUCCUUUUGUGGAAUUUGGCCUUUCUUUUUUAACAGACUUCGCAGCCGAUUCUUAGUGUACAGAAUCAUUGCAUGGCUAGUACUAUGCAGUCACGUACCCAGAGGGGGGCCGAGGGGCUCGGGCACCUCCCGAAAUCAAAAACAGAUAUAUAAUUAUUUAGAAGGUCUAAGGCAUGUGUCGCAAAAAUAACAAGACAGCAAACGUAAAGAAAUGUAAUACAAUAACAGAUCCAGAGAAAAAGUUUAAAGUGUCUGUUAAAAACACCCGUGAGAGGCACACCGAGAAUUAGGUACAUAAGCAGUCUUCAGUAACAUUAUUAUUUUACCUUGGGCCUCUCCCGAAACGAAAUCCUGGGUAUGGGUCUGGUACUAUGGAUCCUACUGACACUAAAAAUCCUUCCAGGUCGGGGCUCGAACAUACGACAACUGACUUGUAAGACCAGCACCCUAUGCAUUGAACCGCCAACCCGGGACAAUGAAAUAGUAUGAGUGUUAUUCGAAUUACUAAUGUUAUACUAAUAGAACACAAAUUGUAAUGUUUUUUUUUGUUUUUUUUUAGCAGCGCUGAAAAGAGUUUCAAAAUAAUUAUUCGAAAUAUACAUUCAA